CACAAUUUUUUUGAACCGUAUGCAUCAAAAGGUGCAUGUACGGUUCCUAAGGAAUACAAUUUUACCCUAAUCAACCGACUUUAUCGAGAAAGAUUACUUUUUUUAGGCCAAGGUAUUAAUAGCGAGAUUUCGAAUCAACUUAUUGGUCUUAUGGUAUAUCUCAGUAUCGAGGAUGAGACCAAAGAGCUGUAUUUGUUUAUAAACUCUCCUGGGGGCUGGGUAAUACCUGGGGUGGCUAUUUAUGAUACUAUGCAAUUUGUGCGACCAGAUGUCAAUACAGUAUGCAUGGGAUUAGCCGCUUCAAUGGGAUCUUUUAUCCUGGUCGGAGGAGAAAUUACCAAACGUCUAGCAUUCCCUCACGCUUGGGUAAUGAUGCAUCAACCUGCUAGUGGUUUUUAUAUGGCACAAGUAACCGAAUGUGUCGUGGAAGCGGAAGAACUGCUGAAACUGCGUGAAACCCUCACAGGGGUUUAUGUACAACGAACGGGCAAACCCUUCUGGGUUGUAUCCGAAGAUAUGGAAAGAGAUGUUUUUAUGUCAGCAACAGAAGCACAAGCUUAUGGAAUUGUUGAUCUUGUAGCGAUUCAAUGAAAAUAACAUGGAUUUCGCGCAAAUCACAGAUUUGCGAUUUUAUCUUCGAAUUGAAUAUUCUAUUAAAUUGAAUAUUCUAUUAAAUAGAAGUAAUUCAUCAUCAUUCGGUUAGGAUCAAUCUAAACCAACCCAUCAUAUUAUGUAUACGAUUCAACAUGCCAACUAUUAAACAACUUAUUAGAAAUACAAGACAGCCAAUCAGAAAUGUCACGAAAUCCCCCGCUCUUCGGGGGUGCCCUCAGCGUCGAGGAACAUGUACUAGGGUGUAUGUGCGACUCGUUUAGAUCAUGAGCUGGCACAAAAGAAAGAAAACGACUUUUACAGUAUCAAUGAUCAGUACCGGUGAAUGGGAUAGGAUGGAAAAAGGAACUCCAUUCAUUAUUAAAAAAAAACUCUAUCAUAUCCCUCUAUUGUGUAUGAAGUUUAUGGUUUCCGUUGGUGUAAAUCCAAUCACCUGAAUUUAAGAUGAUAAGAAAUUCUCCAUUGGUAACAAAUGGUUAUCCAUUAAGCGGAGGAAAUCUUAUUUUAAAAGCAUAAAACAUAAAGAUUAGUUAGGCUCCCAAUCUGGCAAGAACGGACUAAGAGGGUCAGCUACCCAGCAAACUUUCAUAAUUAAAUUCCAUUACUGUAUAGGUAGAUCUGAUUGUGAAAGACCUAUUACUGGAUAAUUCAUGGGUAGAGCCAAAGCGUGUGAACUAUACAAGUUCCCAAUAACAUCAAUUAGUUGAUUAAAUAUAUAUUAAAUUAAAGUCUAAAGUAAAGGCUCCGGUGUAUAGAGAAGACCUCACCGUUUAAUAAGUAGCCAUAGAAACAAAGGAACCCACUAUUUCUUUUUUAAUUUCUUUUAUUUACUAUAUUUUUGAUACCUAGGAAAAUACAAUUUCUUAUUUCUUUCUUAUUUCGCAGUGAAAUACCUAAAAAAAAAAAAAAUAACAAAAUCGUGGUCGGGAAGGUUAGAGUAGCCAAAGCCAUUGGAAUUUUUAUUUUAUACAUUGGAAAAAUCCGUUUUGUUAUUAAUAGACUAGGAAGGGGGAAAAGAAUAACUGAAAGAAAGGUAAUCAAUUAGUUAUUCGUCAAAGUUUCAUUUAUUCAAUGACCAGAAUUAAACGGGGAUAUAUAGCUCGGAGACGUAGAACAAAAAUUCGUUUAUUUGCAUCAAGCUUUCGAGGGGCUCAUUCAAGGCUUACUAGAACUAUUACUCAACAGAAAAUAAGAGCUUUAGUUUCGGCUGAUCGGGAUAGGGGUAGGAAAAAGAGAGAUUUUCGUCGUUUGUGGAUCACUCGGAUAAACGCAGCAAUUCGCAAAGGGGGAGUCUCCCAUAGUUAUAGUAAAUUAAUACACAAUCUGUACAAUAGACGGUUGCUUCUUAACCGUAAAAUACUUGCACAAAUAUCUAUAUCAAAUAGGAAUUGUCUUUAUAUGAUUUUGAACAAAAUCAACCCGGAGUCUUUACCGGAGUCUUUACCGGAGUCUUUACCGGAGGCUUUACCGGAGGCUUUAAAAACUCCCCAGGCUCUCCUGAGAAUAAAUGGAGGUUUCUUCUACCGGACGAGUUAGAAAUUAGUAUGAGAAAAUAUGCUAAAGUAGUCAAAAUGAAUGAACACGUUCAAUUCAAUAAAAACAGAUUUCGUUUUUUCCGAUUCAUUUGUUUCUUACGACACGAUACUCAAAUCUAGAUUUGAGUGAAUCUAGAUUUGAGUAAUUAUGAUUCAAGUAAAGAAAAAGUAAGCCUAUUUAUUUCGGGCUUUAAAACCAGUAGUUCUAGCGGUCGACUCGGUUCUUUCAAAUUGUUUCUCAUUAUUGAGAAAAGGUAACAAAGAUAAAAUACGGGCUUGUUUUAUAGCAAGAGUAAUUAAUCGUUGUUGUUUCAAGGUCAAUCUAUUCACGCGUCUUGAUAAUAUUUUUCCUU